ACGUGUACAGUACUUUAUUUUUGGUUUUUAAUCGCACAAUGAGUGGAAGAAUUUAUUGAACGUUGUAGGGCAGCGUGACCAUGAAAUACUUUGCUUUACUUUGCAUGUUCUCCCCGUGCCUGCGUGGGUUUUCUCCGGGUGGGCACUCCGGUUCCCUCCCACAUCCCAAAAACACGGAACCUCUAAAUUGCCCAUAGGUGUGAUUGCGAAUGCGGUCGUUUGUCUCGAUGUACCCUGCGAUUGACUGGCGACCAGUUCAGGGUGUACCCCGCCUCCUGCCCGUUGACAGCUGGGAUAGGCUCCAGCGCUCCCCGCGACCCUCGUGAGGAUAAGCGGCAAAGAAAAUGGAUUGCCGGGUACUUGUAUGUACUUGUGUGUGCCCAUUUUGACUGAAAAAUGUAAGGAUGAGAUCAUCACUUUUGUGUGUUUUUCAGAUUUCAUGCAGACAAUUGUGCCGUUAUGAAAUGAUUACGAUCAUCAUUCUCAUUAGUAUUCUUACUGAUAUAGAAAAAUCUUGACCCAAAUCUAAUAUGACGGGAUUUUCACUUUCACGCCCAAUGGACUACUCUGCAUGUCUGCGCGGACAGAUGAACAGACCGAUCUUUAUGUUGGAAGGACAACGGCGUCAGUGUUCAGCGCGACAAUAAUGUCGGAAAAGACCAGUCACUGGUGAAGUCACUAACGGUGUAGUGGAACAUACGCGAGCACCGCGGGAUCGAUUCCCGCUCAGCGAUGGUGUCGACAUCUGCCCUGCGACUGACUGGCGACCAGUUCAGGGUGUGGUCAGCCUUCCGCCUGAAGCCAGCUGGGAUCGGCUCCAGCUUUCCCGCAACCCUCGUGAGGAUAAGCAUGUUGGAUAAUGACAUAUACACACAUAUCUAUUGUACUUUCACAAUUGUUGGUUUUUCACCCUCAGGCACUGCACCUAAACUCUCUCAAUAUCAAUUUAAUCGAUCAUGAUAAUAAUAUUCAUCAUGAUGUAACAAAAACAGAAACCACCAAACAUUGUGGGGGGGGGGGGGGUCAAAGGAGCUCAUAAAGCACCGAAUGUCCCUGGAAAACCCCCCAUCACUUCCAUUAGUAUUCCCGUCGUUUGUACUGAAAGACGUCACGAAGCAGGGAGGGAGGGAGAGAGAGGAAGGAAGGAGGGACUCACCGGAGGAGGAGAAGGAGGAGUGCUGGUUGGGGGGAGGACCGGAGGGAGGUUGCGGGUGAGAAGACGUGAGCCCGACUGCGGCGCCUCAUUUUCAGCCGGGACGAGCGCAGCACGACGCGGGAUUGGCUUUUCGACAACGGGGGAGAAUGCGCCAUGAAAAAAGGUCCGUUUACCUGUGAAAUCUCAAAAUACAUCCAAUUUUGUUGAUUUUCGUCAUCGUGUUGUCUCAUAAUAAUCACGCCGAUUGAAAAAAACACUAACACACGUGCCAUCGGCAUAUUUUAUUUUUGAAGGGUUUUGAGAAACGUGGUGUAUUUCUCAUGUAUAUAGUAAAAAAGUGAGUUUAUUAAAUCGAUCUUCAAAUACUGCUGUUUCAUUUAUUCCUUAGGAGUUAUUUUCUUAUGAUCAUGCCGAUUGAAAACAAACCUGAUCUGUGUCUCAUCGGCUCAUCUGAGUUUUAUACCACUUUUGUUUGACGUGAUGUUAUAUUGUUAAAACGUGUUUAUCUAAUCAUAAAUGCUACCGCUGUGUUUAUUUUUCUUAUCUUUUCAGCUCAAAAUACUUGUGCCGAAUAUAUUCAAAUAUAUUUUGACUUCCAUCGGCAUUAUUUUAUUCUUUUGAGUUUUGAUUCAUAUCGUUUAAUUCUAAAGUAACUGAGAAAAUGUGAGCACCUUGAGCACACAUUUAAAACAGUAGGUUCAUUUUUUUUCUUACAUGUUGUUUUUUAAUAAAAGGGAAGAAAAUAAAUAGGGAUUAAAAACAAAACCUAACCUUCCAUCGGCAUCUGGAAGUUUGGACUGAUGUGGUGUGGGCUGUUUGUAAGUUACCUACGAAACGUCAAGCUCCAUAAAUUGCACCCAUUGAAUCAUUUUUUUUCUGGAGCUGUGUUUAAAAACAAUUACGCGGAUUAAAAUGGAUUUAAAUAUGGAUUAGAUCGUCAUAUUUUAACUGCAGGAAGCUUUUCAUAAAAGGGGUGGGAUUCUCAUGUUAACACAGAAUAACCAAUUAUCAACUGGUGGUUUUGGUUGAGUAUUUAUUUAUUUAUUUAUUUAUUUUGCUUGCUUGUAAAAGGAAACACGGCGGGCAUCGCUAUCGAUAUAUAGACAUUUGCAAUUUAAUGUACUUGAGCGGAUUCAUUAUUAAAAUAUGUCUGCUCGGCGGUCACUUCAUUAGGUACAGCUGCAUCAUCAUCCACUUCAAAUCAACACAGUUGCAUAAUAACAGCUCCUGUGUUCGCUCACUGGGUUUGUGCUCAAUUUCCCCACACGGGAUGUCUUUGGGCGAUUAACAGCCAUUAUAUACAUACAUAUAUAUAUAUAUACAUAUAUAUAAAUAAAAGUCCGAGACUGUGACUUGUACUACCGUGCUCCCAUUACAGAGGGCCGGUUUGAGCAAAGCCACAGGCUGGCAUUUUAAACCUGCACAGGACUUUGUGUUCCCAACUCCAUCAUCGUCAUCUUUUUUUUUUCCUUUUUUUUCUCGAGGACUUCUGAACAAAGAGAAUCCAGACUGCACAAAAAAAGACAAGUGAGGCCCCCCCACCCCCUGCACCUUGUCCGUAUAAAACACGGUCGCACAAAAUCCUGGAAAGAAAUAUCACUUUCUUAGAAAGCCAUAAUAAAUAAAUAGAGAAAAGUUGCUUCUGUUUUGAUAUUGUGUCGCCGCGGUAACGAAAGGUCUGUUGUUUAUUUGUUACUUCUCGGCUGUUCCACCACUCGCUUUGUUUCUAGUUGUCUGCAAGAGCCGUCUCCGCGCGGAGAAACAAACAACUGUGAAGCUUUAAACUUGAGUUUUGUCCGCACGGACCGCAUUCAUUCUACCUGGGAAUGGAACCGGCAUGAAAACCGGAGAGCUGCCUACAGGUGGAAAAACACGUCAUUGUGAAAUUUCAGUUGGGUAUUUGCCAGGGACAUGACAUUCAAUCUGAGUAGGGGUGUAACCAGUGUAAAAAAAAAAAGAAAGCGGACUAUGGGUGGAAAAACAAGCAAUGGACCUUUCCGACUGGCAAUCCUCAGCUCCGCCCCCCUUAGCAACAGUUGCCACGCCCUACAUUCUUCCAAAAUGGCGACUGAUCAUAACAGGUUUGAACUGGAUUCUCCAUCGCGUAUUCCAGAUAAUAUCGGGGCAUGUUUUUUUGCCAAAUGCGUCAGAGUUGUCCAAGAGGGUUCUACAGAGAGGUCACAACUAUUUCACCCGAGGAUAUGUGCACGGAAUUAAGAUUUUGGACGGAGCAGGACGCAAUGUCUGAGUUACGGCGAAACGUUGGCGAUCGAUGCAACAAAAGUUUGACGCCUCACAAACUUCAUAUUGAAAUCCAACGGGAUAAAAUGGUGGAAUCGUACUGCGGACGUAUUGCAAGGUGAGUACUUUUUACGAGGAAAGAUCACGAGUAAUAAAAUUGUAGUCUCUUGCAUGACAUGGCGCAUUUAACCCGACUCUUCGGCAUAAAACACGACACACUUCAUUCGGCAGGCCAGUGAUACGCUAACAAAGUGAAAAUUGUUCUCCUGCACUGAACAUGAUUCAAUCAAACUCAGAGAAGAUACUUCUCCAUCACUUACCUUCAAACGUGCAGCCUUGUGUUUGUUGAUAUUGUCCACAUUUAGUCAUUUAGUUGUACGUGUGCUCUGCCGCGAGUCUUAAUCCAUCGUAGACACUCCGUCAACUGUGUUUGGGCUUUGGAAAAUGAAUCAAGCGGGCCCCUCGUAACCUAGCAGGAUAUCUUGCAUCAGAAUUGCAUUUUCUUCGUAACAUUAACUUUUCCAAGCGCACACUACUGACAACGACCAUUGGUUGUGGGACAAGGAGCGUGUCAAGCCGGGGUUAAGCCAAUGCGGCUAUCUGAUUGGCUAUUAUUGCACGAGUGAUUGACAGCUCGGAAAGGUCCACUUUGAAGCGUCGGCUCCCCGGUUUGGAAGAUCUUCACAAAUCCCUGUUUUUCCCCCAAAGAUGACUCUCAGGGUUUUGUGCUGUUUCCACCUCGAGCUUGUCAAAGUAGUUUUCAUAUGCACAAAACAACUCAAAUCUGAAGCCUCACAAUACUCGUUUUUCACCUGGACACAGUGGUCUUGUUUUCACGUUUGGUUACUCUUCUGACUAGCACAAAAGUAGUCUUCACGGGCAAAACACAAAUCUGAAGCCUCACAUUUGCUUUUUUCCCCACCUCCAGAGAUCUCUCUAGAAUUCAUAUCCUACGCCGUGUCGUUUUUUUUCUAUUCUGCUAGCAUCUUUUGUCUUUUUGUAGCUCACCAUGAGCCCGAGCUGUCCCACCGGCAUCAGAGACGGAAGAAUUUGGCACGUCGCCUGAGUCUGGUCAUCCCGCAGUCUUGAAGGCACCGCCGCCGUCAAGCAGAUGAAUGCCUGAAGAGCGGAUUCCUUCACCGCCUUGCAUCUCUUGGACCCGAAAGACAAAGAAUGGGUGUCAAGCGUGCUAUGGAAGACGAGAUGUGACCUUCGAGCUUGUGGAGUUUGGCCGCGUUUGAGGAGUAACGAGCUUCGUAGACUUCAUCGGCAUUCAUGGAAGUCAUUUAACACCUCCCCGCGUUUGGUCAUCGAGGUCCAUCUCCCUGCUCCCCGUCCCGUCCCCGCCAUGGUGAUGUCCCAGGGCACCUCCACCUUCCUGGCCUGUUUCGCCGGCUUCUGGUUGGUGUGGGCCCUGGUGGUCAUGCUGUGCUGUUUCUGCAGCGUCCUGCAGCGUCGCUUGAAGCGGCGCGGCGAGGCUCGCCCGAGAGAGCCCUGUAUCAGGACGCAAGAGACGGAGACGCCGGAACGUCCCGCCGUCCCGGCUUUGCCGCCAGUUCCGCAGGCGUCCCCGGCUUCGAUGACAAUCGCGGUACCGCAGGCCCAGCAGCAGAUACCGCGGGAUCCGCCGCCCUUCUCGCCGCCGCCUGUUCCGCUUCAAGUUUGUCAUCCGUUACCGGAGGCCAACUGGGUCAGCAUGCCGGCAGAUCUAGUCGAGAACCCGCCUUGUUACGAAGAGGCGGUGCUGAUGGAGGACCCUCCCCCGUCAUAUGCCGAAGUCCUGGUGGAACCGCGAGGGGGUUUGAAGCCCACCCCCUCCCAGGACUGCCAAGACCCGAGCCCGGAGACCCGCAAGCCUCCGCCACCGUCGUCGACGUUCCCCGAACGGGGUUACUCGUCCCUCAUCCGUCUGCCAUCGUCGCAACGCUGGGACUCGCUGGGUCACCUCCUCUCCAACAUUGACCUGAAACCGUACAACCCGUACGAGCCGGUGCCGUCGGGCGUCGCCACAGCAACCAUGCCCCGUCGGGACACCAGGACUCAUCGCGACGGACGGCGGAACCGGAGCCUCGGGGUCGGAUUCUCUGGCGGGAUGCGGGGACACGCGGUGCGAGGACUCGAGCGCGGUUGCACCGCUUUCCCCUUGUUGGGGCGGAGCACCGCCGUCUAGGAUCGGGGUUCGUAAACAUUUUGAGUCCAGGGGCCUCUUACGCUGAAAAUUUUGAGUUGGAGUGAAAUCGCAGAGAUCCGUAAUUGACGUCUACCCCUAAAAAAGGUUUGUAAUUUCCUAUGAGUGCCACCAGAUGGAGGCAAAGCACUUUAAGGGUAAUGAAGCUCCUCCCAUCAGUGUAACAUGUCAACAUUGGCACCAAAAUUUUGGCGCCUAAACAUCCGUCCAUCAAUCCAUUUGCCAAGGCGCUUAUCCUCACCAGGAUCGCAGUAGCGCUGGAACCCAAACAUCUUUUUGGUAUGAGACAGAAAUGCCAAAACGCAAUUAUAUAUCCCUAAAAGUUACAGGAAUUAAAAAGUCACCUAUAUUCGAGAAAAUAAGCCCUGAUAUCAUAAAUUGCAAUGUUAUGAGAUUGAAGUUGUACAUUUUCAAGAAAAAAAAGAUGCAGCACAGUUGAAGUCAAAGGUUUACAUGCGAUGUGCAAAAAAAAAACAACAUUUUGUCUUUCUGUCUAAACCGCUCAGUAUGUCAAGAUCGCCAAAAUUAUUGAAUGUUGUUAAAUGCCACAGUAAUGAGAGAAUGUCAGAGAAUUUUACCUUAUUUAUGGUUACUUUCAAAAGUUUGCAUACAUUUCCUUAGCAUGGCGUAGCAUUUCCUUUGAACUGCACGACUCGGCUCAAACGUUUAGCGUAACCUUCCACGAGCUUCUGACAGUUCUCUGCUGGAUUCUCGGCCCGUUCCUCCCGAAAGAACUGCUGGAACUGCCUUGCUCGGACGUGCCUUUUCAGAUCUGCCCACAAAUUUUUGAUGGGAUUCGGAUCAGGACUUUGUGAUGGCCACUCCAAGAUGCUGAACAUUUUUUCUCCAAGCCAUUUUUGAACCAUUUUGACAGUAUGCUUAGGGAACAUAUUCCAUUUUUUUUAAAACACGUGCACCCAAGUUUUUGCAUCCUGGCUGAUGUCUCGAGAUGUCGUCUGUGAUGUUCUUUCUUCACGAUGCCAUCUAUUUUACACACCCAUGAUGAUUAUACUUGUGUAUAAUGGUUUGAACAGAUCAGCGUGGCACCUUCAAACAUCUGGAAAUUGCACCCAAGGAUGAGCUCGACUCUGAUUUCUUGCCCAAUUUUUUUAUUUUCCCAUGAUUUCAAAAGAGGAAUGGCAAUGCUUGAGGUGUGGCCUUAAAAAUGAUCCCUUGUUGUCAAAAUAACCUAUCAGGAGCUUCCAAAGCCAUGACCUCAUCAUCUGGGCUUCGCCAUGUACUGUACAUGUACAGUACUUUUUGUGUAUGCAUACUUUUGACCUCAAGAAAAAAAUUCAUAAAAUUCUCUAAGAAAUCUUCCCUCUCAUUAUUGUGGCAUUUGACAAAAUUAAAUACUGACUGACCUCAAGCAGAAAAAAAAUGAAACGUUUUUUCACCAUGUAUGUAAACUUCUGUCUUAAACUGUUUUGUUGGGAAGAAAAGAUGAAUAUUGGAAUUUUGCUUUUAAGGUUGAUUUUUUUUUUAAGAUAGUUCAUAUUGAAAUUAUACUUUCAUGACGGAAGAGGUUAGGGUUAGGGUUAGGCAAGGCAAGUCUAACAAGCAAAUUUCCAAAGCACAACUAUAUUUUUGAAAUAUUAUUGUAGCAGCAGUGUUGAUUUGAUGAACUUUCAGUCAUUUCAAUCACAUCAGGAUUAACCCUGAAAACCAUCCAUUUAAAAAAUAUUUUGAAAUCAAAAUUUCAGGUAAAAAAGGGGAAAAAUUAAGUAUCAUGUAAAGCUUCAUCUUAUUACGCAUGCAAAAAUUUGUUGAUAAUUUCUUGGGGAAAAGUUUUUUUUAAAGUCGGACCCCCAAGCCAUGGCUCCCUGGACCCGAAUUAGAGAACCCCGAGCGUAGGAAGUACACUCUCUUGAGUUACGGAAGACGCUAAUUGACUCAAAAGGAGGAGUCCGCUUCAUCCAUAACGUCUCUAUUGUAUCAGACUGCCGUUGCCAUGGCACCCGGGAACUCCACGUUUUCCACUGGCCGACAACUCUGUCCCCGCGUCGGAAGACUCGGACCGGUCGAACGCACCGCUUAGAUGUUCUGCAAGUCUUUGUAUCAUCCACUUUAUAAUACUUAUGGGAAGAAAAGGGGGAAUAAAAGUAAUUUCUACGUGAAGAGGGCGAUUGUGAGACUGAUAUUUCUCAAGAAAGAACGGAUCGAGAACGGCAAAAUUAUUAUUGUUUUUUUAAACUGAAGAAUUGCACUCAAUAUAUUUGUGUUGCAUAAUUACACAGUAAUUACGCAGUAGUAAUCUUAGAACUACUCACAACAUGAGAAAUGCCAGAACAAAACACAAUGUACUGUAUGGCACGAUUCCAGCCUUAUUUCAAGGUAUGGGGUACUCGUGCAGGGUGCCGAUACCAGCAUCCGAUGCGUAAGUAUCGUAACAGUAAUAAAUAAAUGAUGAAAAUCAUCCUUGCUCCGUGAAUCAUGUGCGUCAGAAAAAAAAAGGUCUGCUCACAAUCCCCAGAUGACAUUGCAGCUGUAAAUAACGUAAACGGCCCGGUUGCUCAAAUCACCCUGGAGCCACAUGCUGCUUCACCACGGCAAUAUGUGUUCAAAUACAUCGUCAAAGAUAGUACAGUUGUAUUACACGUUAAUCCCAUUUUUCAAUAAGAGGUCGUGUUGCCUGGCAACCUGCUCGCUGGCCUUAUUUUAAUAAGAGCACGGCACGCAUAUAUAAAUGUUGCCAAGGCAACGGCCAUCACAAUAUAAAAGCAUACACGAGCUCCUAAAUUAGGACCAAAAAAAAAAAAAAACAUUUGGAAACAAGAUGCGCUGCAACUUUAGAAAACAAUUUUAAUUUGAAUGCAUCAGUGAACAUAUUAGAAGAGAUAUUGAAAUGGAAAACAAAAUGUCUACUGCACGGGUCGUAGAUGGCGUCGAAUCGAUUAUAUUUAAGACCAGAGUGAAAACGGCCGUGGACGAUCAAAUGAAAACUACAAGCAGCUUCAACCAAUCGAAAUGGAGGAAGAAAAAAAAAAGGGCGACAAGUGUGUGUGCGUGUGUGUCUGUGUGUGUGUGUGUGUGUGUGAGAGAGAGAGAGAGAGAGAGAGAGAGAGAGAGAGAGAGAGAGAGAGAGAGAAAGAGAGAGAAAUACAAGGCAUCUUCUGAGGAAAAUAGGAGCAGUUUCAUUCCAAAUUCUGAAAUCAUGAAAAUAUCAUCUCACUGUCCCCCCAAAAAAACACAAUUAAGGAUAAAAUAUUUCUUUAAAAUUCCAGAUUUAUGGUUUCAUUUUUCAAAGAUUAUUUUUUAAAAGAUUGUGAUUGAAAAUUUUCAAAUGUGAUUUUUUUGGGGGGGAGGAAAAAAAAGUCCUAAAAUUAAGGGGGGGGGGGUGGUAAUAUUUGAGGAAAAAAAUAGUAAUAUCACAAGAAAAUUAUAUUAUAUUACUUUAACUUUGCAAUUCCCACACGUGCAAAUAUAAAAUGCAAACGUCUUUUUUUCAGUAAUAAUGCGACUUUUUUGUUAUAAUAUUCUGCCAUGUUUUGUAGUAAUAAUAAAAUCUUACAAUGUAAGAUUUUAAAUCCCACUUUGAUGUCACAGAUAGUAUAAUUUUUUUCAAAUAUUACAAAAUCUGUUUGUAAUCUCACACAUUUUUUUGCCUCAUAUUACGUCUUUUCGUGGAAUAUGGAAAUACACUACACAAUGUUGUCAUAUUACACUUUUUUUCCCAUAAUAUUAGACUGCAUGUUUACCAAUUUUUCAAUGCAAUUGUGAAAAAAAUAAUUAUAUCAAACAUCCAACAUUUUGACUAUUUUUCAAAAAGUUCUCAUUUUGCUUUUUUAUGACUUUUUUCAUCACAACAUUACCCAAAAUGUUCUCAUAAUAUUGUGAUGUUUCACAUAGUAAGUUUCUUUCAGCUUGUCCCCUUCGGGGUCGCCACAGCGUGUCAUCUCUAAUGUUUUCCCCACAUAAAUUUUCUUGUAAUAUUUCAAAUUUUUUCUUUGUAAUAUUACAGUGUUUUUCUUCUUUUUUGGGGGGAUUCAACAUUGGGUACUUUUUUUUUCCCCUCAUAAUUUUACACACCUUUUCCCUUUAUUCCCCCCUCAUUAUUAUUAGGACUUUUCUUCUUGUAAUAUCAUAAACAUUAAAAACAUUUUUUGGGUGUAAUCAUUUCUGUAAUCAGUUUACAAAACAUAAACCAAAAGAGCACAGCAAAAGUUGCAUAUUUAUGAAGUGAUGGCGUCUAAAUGAGUGAAAUUACCGUAUUUAUGGUCUUCAGGUGGAGCACAUACACACAUGUAUUAUUAAUAUUAUUAAUAAUAUUAUUGCCUAAGAGUUUUAAAUUUUCUACAAGGAAUAUACAGAAGAAGAAAAAAAAAACUACAACAAUGUUGUUGCUAAUAUUGAAAAAAAGUCCUGAAUGUCAAUUUCGUAGCACACUUCGGUUUUGAUGGACCUCCAAUGGAAAAUUCCAAAAUGCAAAAUAAUAAUCCAGGUACAUUUAUUCAAUUACUUUUUUUGUGUUGCCAGAAUACAAGCAGUUGAUCGGAAAAAAAAAAAAAAAAGCCAGAAUUCAUUCGACAAAAGCGUAUUGAUGCCACACGGAAAAGAAUAUUACCAGGGGAAAAAAAGAAGUCCCAAACUGACUGAGAUAAAAGUAAAAAGAAAAU